UAAGUAUAUAAGUCGGAACAAGUGCCAUUAUUAGCAACAGUUUCCGAAAAGUGUUUGUUACAUCAUGAAAUUAUUUGCUUUUGUUUUAUUGAUCGUGGCCAUCGUAAGCGUUAAUGCUCAUGGUUAUGGUGCUGGUGGACAUGGUUCAGCUAGUGCUAAUGCUGGUGGUCAUGCCUCUGCCGGUUUAGGUGGUGGUAAAGGCGGUGGAGCUGGUCAUCAUGGUGGUGGCGCUGGUCAUCAUGGUGGUGCUGGUGCAGGUCAUCUUGGUGGUGGUGCAGGCGCUGGUUUACAAGGAACUGGUCAUCUAGCUGGUGGUGCUGGUUUACAAGGAGCUGGUCAUCUAGCUGGUGGUGCUGGCGCAGGUUUACAGGGUGCUGGUCAUCUUGCUGGUGGUGCUGGAGCAGGUUUACAGGAAGCUGGACAUCUUGCUGGUGGUGCUGCUUUACAGGGCGCUGGUCAUCUUGCUGGUGCCGGUUUACAGGGAGCUGGACAUCUUGCUGGUGGUGCUGGCGCUGGUUUACAGGGAGCUGGACAUCUUGCUGGUGGUGCUGGCGCUAGUUUACAGGGAGCUGGACAUCUUGCUGGUGGUGCUGGCUUACAAGGAGCUGGUCACCUUGCAGGUGGCGCCAAUGCUGAUGCUAAAGCUAAUGCAGUUGCUUCAGCAAUUGGUGGUGGUGUAGCAAAUGCAGCUGCCAAUGCUGCUGCAAGUGCAAGUGCAGGUGCUGCCGGUGGUCAUGGAUAUGGACAUUAAUAAGUCAUGGAUUUAAUUGACAAUGCUUUAAUGUUUAAUUAAAAAAAUAAAUUUUGAAAGAUAAAUCUAUCUGUGUA